GGCUACUUGAAUGAAAGGCAAUAAAUAGAUGUGCAAUGUUUGACUAGGUAGCACCUUGGCCAGUGAGCACCUGAUACGCCGCAGCUGCAAGUGCCUCAGGAUGAAGCUCACUUUUGUCGCAAUUGUCCUUGGCUUUGCUUUCCUUGCAAUCACCAACGGUGAACCCGACUUGGACAAAGUUGAAAGUAGCGAAGAAGAGGUAAACCAAGAACUUGCAAACGAUGAUGAUCAUCCAAAUGAGAUUGACACUCAAGAAGACACCUCUGACACCUCCGCUGACAACUCAGAUAACACUGAACAGCUAGAUCUUUCAGAAAGUGAUGAUGAUAUUGAAGGCGAUUUGGUGGCCAAAAAGGACGCAAAACCAUGGUGGGGCAGUAGAAGAAGAAGAAGAAGAAGAAGGCGACGACGAAGAUUUUGGGGUAGAAGACGGCGACGCUGGUCUUUGGGAAGACGAAGACGGUUCUUCACCAAGAGAUAUUGGAACAGAAAGCUCUUCCCAUCAUGCAGAACAUCAAGAUUCAGUCCUGGAAACACUCCUCCUAGUCGACCGGCCCAUACCGCUAUUGCAUCUACUCAACAAAUAUUAAUGUGCAGGCGAGAUGCUGGGCACCAAAGAUCUACUUGGCAAUUGGAGAGCAGUUCAAACCAUCCACUCUUGAAUUCUUUUUGAACAAUGUUAAGAUGAUUCGAAAAUCAGGUUUUAGAUACUAUACUGUAAACAACCAUCCGAGAGUAAACAACAUGGUUGCAGGAAACUCCAAUUAUUACUUGAAAUCAAAACAUCGGAUCCGUACGCCAUCGUCGACAGUAAGCUUCUUCGGAGGACAGCAUCCAAGUGUUGUGCCUAUCUAUACAUUGUGGAGACAGUUCAGACAAGGAAGAAAUCAAGUGAGAGAUUUUGUCUACUGGACUUUCUACCCAUACAAUCGUGGAAAGAAUGUGUGCAUUGGAGUAGCAGGAAGUGGUAGGUGCUUCGGAGGUUGUACUGUGAUGGGAAACCAUGUUGCUGACUGGGAACAUGUGACAGUUCGACUUGUAAACAACAGGCCAUCUCAGAUGUAUAUUGGAGCACAUAAUUUCGGCGGAGUAUACAAUUGGAAUGGGGAGACAUUUGUCAAAGGCAAAGAUAAAGUAACGUUUUCACUUUCUGGACACCCUAUCGUAUACUCUGCGAAGGGCUCGCAUGGACUAUGGACAAGACGAGGAAGAAUCACAUAUCAAAAGUUGUUGAACGGAGAAGUUCUUCAAGAACUUGUCUCGUCCGGGACAGUUUGGGACACUUGGAAGAAUGUCAAGCUUAUCCGUUACAUUAAAGGCAAGCAUUAUACUGGAAACCUCCAGUGGAUGAAUUUCAAGGGAAGAUGGGGCGAUCCAAAAAGAGGCUGCGCUGCUCUAGAGAAGAUAUCCAAUGAGUGCAGGCUGAAUGAUGGCCCAGAGGGACCUGCCAUUAAGUCUGUUAUGAAGGAAAGAAAAUUGUCCUAGAAAACGUCAGACGUUUGUACUAUAUUUGCUGGCAUGAUGCAUAGUAACUGAUUAUAGCUGUCUGCUGCUUGUAUCGUAAAUUUUGCUAUGUCAACUCGCUAUUUUUGUUAUAAGUUCGGGGGCUUGUUGUAAUCAACUGUUUGUUGUAGUAGAUUAGGUAUGCCACCAGUUUUAUGUAAGCUGAUAUUAUAUUAAUCAAGUUGGUUUUAAUCGUUAUUACGAGCCUUCAAAGAAA